AUGGAAUGGCAAGGGCAGUCUCAGCAGAACGUGGCAACACCAAAAGGGUUGCCUACAGUGGCAUUAAAAUCGAUUAAUAAAACUCGAUUGAGUGCUGAUAAAAAUUUUUACUUGGAUGAAGAAGACAAGGCAAGUGAGGUUGCCACUGAGGAAGAAAAGGAGGAGGAGGAAGAAAGUGAAGAAGAACCAUCAGACAGUGACAGAAGUAAAGAUAAUGAGUUUAGUGAUGAAGACAACUUACUAAAUAGUACAAAAUCUAAACUUCUGAAGUUGACUAGCAGCAGCAUAGAUCCUGGUCUGAGUAUUAAGCAGUUGGGUGGUUUGUAUAUUAAUGUCAAUGCAGACAAGCUACAGUUGAACAAGAGAACCCUAACACAGAUCAAGGAAAAAAAGAAAAAUGAGCUUUUGCAGAAAGCCGUCAUUACUCCUGAUUUUGAAAAAAACUACUGUGUCCCACCAUAUAGUGAAUCAAAGUAUAAACUUCAGAAAAAACGCAGACAAGAGCGACAAAAAACAGCAGGUGAUGGCUGGUUUGGUAUGAAAGCUCCAGAACUGACAGAUGAACUGAAAAAUGAUCUCAAAGCACUGAAGAUGAGAGCUAGCAUGGACCCAAAAAGGUUUUACAAGAAAAAUGAUAGAGAUGGCUUCCCCAAGUACUUCCAGAUUGGAACCAUUGUUGACAAUCCAGCUGACUUCUACCAUUCACGAGUUCCUAGGAAACAAAGGAAGAGAACUAUUGUGGAGGAACUGCUGGCCGAUUCUGAGUUCAGAAGGUAAAGGAAUUUAUGUUUCACUUAAUAAUAUGUU